AUGAAGGCUAAAAAAGAAGAGGAUGAUAAUGAAGCUGGUGUUGUUUCAUCUUCUACGCCUGGUUUGCAUGCUGUUCCUGUCAACAACCAUGGCAUAAUAUUAUGUCGAAGUUUGCAGCAUUAUAAUAGAUAUUUGAGUGAUCUGUCUCCUGACCAGAGGUUGCUGGUUGAUUAUCUAUUUUACAAUGAGUAUGAAGAUGUUGCAUAUAUGUCAUUGGAUACAGAUUCUGAGGAAGUGAAGAUGAAAAAUGACAUUAUGCAAAGUGAACUUACAAGUGAUCUCAUUGUGGAUUUUGAUAAUCCUCAUAGCAACUAUGCGGUUCAGCUGUACAAAUUCGACUUAAUUAGCAUGCCUCGUCAAGGUUGGCUGACAAGUGGAGUUAUUGACGGAUGCGCUUUCAUGUUCAAUAGGCAAGAAGAGGAAUCACCUUCUGCAACAAGGAGAUUUUGGUUUAAUAUUAUGCCUUUUAACUAUAUCAAUUGGUUGUGUGCUGAGAAGGUAAAAAAGGUUCAGUUUGAGAGUGAGAUUGCUGAAAAUGAGAUUAUUUUGAAGAACCUGGAGGGCACUAGGCAGUAUGAUCAGAAGUUUAAGGAAUGGGAAGAAAACAAGAAAAAGCUUAUUACAAAAGAUGAUGAUUUAUUCUACAAGAAAUGUAAGGAAGCUAUUUCUUCAUGGGUGAAAUCAUUUCCACGCAAUGAUAUUCGAGAAGCUGAACUGAUUUUUGUUCCUGUUCACAAGGAUGAUCAUUAAUACUGUCUUGGUGCUGAACAAGAAAGCAAAAAGGAUUGAAAAUAUUGACAAUCGUACAGACAUGAAGGACAUUGAUAGAUAUAUGAGGAAUUUAACGGUCUUACAUACUUUGUAAGUACCUUUUUAUGAGCAUUUGUAUUUUUUUUUUGUUCCAUUUUAUUACUUGUUUUUAAUUGUUGUUUUUUUUUUUGAUCUUCAAAUGCAGUGUCGUGCUUUUGAUUCUUUUAUGCAAGAGACUAUGAGGUGUCGUGAUUUUGAUCGUCUCCACCAUUGGCAAACAUCAACUCUUUACUUCCCUUGGAGAAGCAAGGACAACAAUUUUGAUUGUGGUGUCUAUGCAAUCAAAACCAUGGAGCUGUAUGACGGUCAUAAUACUAACCAUGCUGCACUUGUUGACCUGAAAAGG